GGGUGGGAAGGGGGGCUUGGGCGGGAUUGUGACAUAAGAUUGCCCUGGUGACAUGGAGCAGAUCUGGACCCAAGCCUAAUAAAGGUAGUGUAAAUAAAGGUGUCAUAAAGGACGGGGCGGGGCGCGUGCUUGUCAGGGACGCCAGCCUCUAGGGGCUGCCAUAUUGGUUCCUGCUCAAUGCACGGCGCCAGUAAUUAUCAUGUCCCGCCUACGUCUCUGGGCCCCAUGGCCCCUCCUCACGUGGCAACUAUUGUGGCUACUAGUCCAGGAGUCUCAGCCUCUGGAGAGGGUCAAGGACCCGCUCCAGCUGACUUCUAACGCCCUGGGGCCGACUGAGCCCUGGUCUUCCGGCUCCUCCGAUCUCCCAUGGGAAUCUCUCCAUGCGCUUACUCCCUCGGCAGACGUGGGGGGCUUUGAUUACCUGGGGUCCUCUGCUUCCUCCAAGAGGUCAGCUCCGCCCCAGGAAUCGACUGAGAAUUUGGUUCCAUUCCUGGACACAGAUUCAGAUGGAGAGCUGCCCCCGGGGCCCGAGCACUUCUCGUCUGCACACCUGGAUCUGAAUGACAAGCUGACUCGGCAAGAAAGGCUCCCACAGGUGGAUCCAAUGCUCGGCUGGGAUCAGAACCAGACGCUACUUCAGCCUGGUCACCACAAAAGUAAGGUUCAAACUGCAGAGCUAGAUCAGGCUGCAGAUCAUCAGGCAGAUGAAAUACUUGUUCCACCUCUAGACAGUCAGGAUUCAAAAUCAAUGGAGUUUAUAGUUUCUCCCAGGAACCAGAAGAAAGAUUUAGCUCAGCAUUGGAGCCUUGCUAAGGCUGUGGGAAUUCCACACCGAUUUGUAUCAAAACCUCAGCAUCAGAAACAAACUUUGCAGGAUGAGUAUUUAGAUUCAAGUAUGGAUAUGCUGUAUCCCGGCAGCCUGCCUCCAGACCUCCAGGUGAACUCAGAUGAGCCUCCAGGUCCUCCUAUGGAGCCUGAACUUUCCCUCAGUGAGCAGGAGCAGCCAGCUCAGCCUUCUGAAUCUUCUGGGGAGCUUGAACCUUCUCAGACCCAGGAGGAGACCCCAGCUCAGCCUCCAGAAGAGAUGGAACCUUCUGCUAUACAAGAGGAGACCCCAACUGAGCCUCCAGGUCCUCCUAUGGAGCCUGAACUUUCCCCCAGUGAGCAGGAGCAGCCAGCUCAGCCUUCUGAGUCUUCUGCGGAGCUUCAAUCUUCUCCAGCCCAGCAGGAGACCCCAGCUCAGCCUCCAGAACAUCACGAAGUAACAGUUUUACCUGCAGGUCACCAUCAAGCUCAGCAUUCAGAUUUGCCCAAUGUCACUGUUAAGCCUCCAGACGUGCAGCUCACCAUAGCAACAGAGCCUACUGCAGAGAUGGGAACUUCUCCAAUCCACCAGGAGGCUACAGCUCAGCUCUCAGGACCCAUUAGGGAUGUAGAACCUUCCGCCACCCAGCAUGGGGGCCCACCUCUGCUUCCAGAGUCAUUAGAAGAGGUUGGACCUUUGCCAAUUCAACAGGAGACUUCAGUUCAGUCUCCAGAACCUAUUAAGGAUGAGAACCCCUCUCCAACCCAGGAGGAGGCUGCAGCUGAGCAUCCACAGACCCCUGAGGAGGUUGACUCUCCUCUAAUCCAGCACAAGGCCCCAGCUCUGACUCCACAGCUCCCUAAUGAUGUUGUAGCUCAACCUCCAGAGCAUCAUGAGGUACCAGUUUCUCCUCUAAGUCAUGACCAAGUUCAGCCUCCAACAUUGCACAAUGUCACUGUUAAACCUGUGGAUCACAUGGUUACAGUGACUCCAGAUCUCACUAAUCAGGUUGAAAUUUUAACCCAACAGGGGGUCCCAGCUCAGUCCUUAAUGUCCCCUAAGCAGUUUCAACAUUUGAAAGACCAGCAAGAGAUUAUAAUUCAGCAGCUAAACACCCCUGAAAAUGAUGAACUUCCUCCAGUCCAUCAAGAGCCCACAACUCAGCCUCCAACUCAGCUCAGUCCAUUGAGUAAUGAGAUGGUAUUUUCACCUCUAGAUCUGUCUCCAGUAUUCAGAAGUAAUUCACCUUUGCCUAAUACCACAGUUAAAAAUGUGGAUCUGGAGCUUACCAUACCUACAGCAGUCACUAUGGAGGUUGAACCUUCUCCAGUCCAGCAGGACAACCCUCCUAUUCCCACUGAGCGGGCAGACUUUUCUCUAGUCCAGCCUGAUCUCCCUUCCCCACCUCUGCAUUCUCCUGAAAAGAUUGAACCUCCAGUCCUGCAGGAGGCCACAAUUCAGACUCCAGAUUCCCCUAAGGAGGUAGAACCCUCUCCAGUCAGGCAAAAGUUCCCAGCUGAGCCACCAUUGCCCCUUAAAGAGGUUGAACCAUCUGCAACCCAGCGGGAAGCCUCAGGUUAUCCUCCGAAGUCCAUGGAAGAGAUCAGUCCUCCUCCACAGCAGGAGAUACCAGCUCAGCCAUCAGAGCCACCUGGG